GAGGCGUAGUACCCGGAUGGAGAUGAAUACACAGAGCAUCCUCCGCUGCUGACAUCUCUCUGAUACACAACAUUCAAAAUGGGGCGCAGAAAGUCAAAGAGAAAGCCACCUCCAAAGAAAAAGAUGACUGGCAACUUGGACGUCCAGUUCACUUGCCCGUUUUGUAAUCAUGAGAAAUCAUGCGAUGUCAAAAUGGAACGAACCCGCAACACAGGAAUUAUAUCAUGCAGUGUUUGCUUGGAGGAGUUCCAGACUCCAAUAACCUAUCUGUCUGAGCCAGUGGAUGUUUACAGUGAUUGGAUAGAUGCCUGUGAAGCAGCCAAUCAAUAGUCAUGUUUUUUUCUGUCACUCUCUCCUUCUCUCUAACCUCACUUAUUACAUUUCACCCCCUGUGAUUGGUCCAUUAAAGUCACCCCUGUUCAGCCAGCACAAUGUAGCAAAAUCUUCAUAAACUAUAGAAGCAUUAUGUUUUUGCAUCACAUGCUUGUCAGUUUAAUUUUGCUACAAUGUGGCCUGCUGAGCAUGACACGUUCCUCUGGCUGGGCCAGAGAGUUGCCAUGUUGUUUUGUCUACAUCACAGUUCUCACUGGAAACGUUUAAAUGUGUUAGUUAUUAGUUUAUGAUGAAUUCUGCUCUUUUGUUUUGUAUUUUUAAUGAUUAGAUCAUGAUUUUUUUCGGGACUAAAUUGUCUAAUAAUUCAAUUUUCAAAAUGUAACUGACUGAAAUUUCCAUCAGUGUAAAACAUUCCAUGUCCUCCAUCAGUGUUCUUUGUGUUUAUGGAUGAAGAAAAGAUAAUGACUCUCUUGUCUCUAGGCGGUUGUAAUUAGUACACGAUAAUGACACAAGUGUUUUACUUUUGUAGAAGUAGUUGUUUAGUUUCCAACCCCGUCUCUGAUGCACUGAAACAUUUUGUUGGUUUAGAUUUCUUUUUAACUGCCAAAUCUUUUCGAACCUUUUGUUUGUUGGACCAGUAUAUAUAUAUAUUUGUACUGCUAGAUUUUAUUAUUUUCCUUUUUAAAAAUCACAAUCAUGUUAUUUCACUACUUGUGUGUAUUUUUAUGGAUAAAAUGAAAUCAGAACCA